AUGUACAAAGGGAAAAGAAAGUACAUUGAAAUUUGGCAGAAAGUUGAAAUUGCUGAAUUUUACAUUCAACACCAAAAUGAGAUGAGCAUGAGAGAUGUUGCUGCAAAGUUUCAUGUCAACUCCUUUAGCUCGAUUUCCGAAUGGGUGAAUAAGCUUGAUGAGUUGAAGAAAUCAGUAAAAUCUGAUAAAAAAUUAAAAUUAGAAAGCUUCACUCAAUUUCCAGAGCUAGAGAAAGAACUAGUUCAUUGGUUUACUGCAAUCCGUGAGCAAGGUAUUCAGGUUCUCAGAUCAACGAUUGAGGAGAAAGCAAAAAGUUUGGCGGCAGAAAUGGGAUUGGCGCGAUUCGGCUGUGGAGAUAAAUGGUGGCAAGGAUUUAGGACCAGAAAUAAUUUAUCUUUCAGAAAAAUCAAUUCCUCAAGCAUUAAGCCAAUCGAAAAAGAGGCAGAACUUGUCAGGCAAUACCUAGAUGAUUUAGCGUCAUUGCUUCCUCAAUUCGUUCCAUCUAACAUUUACAAUUUCGAUGAAACGAGAUUUGAUUGAGAUGUAAAAAGCAAGUUCACUUAUGAUUUCAAGGGAACUCAACGAAUUCUAGGCGUUCAAUCAGCUAAAAUGAACCAUUUUAUCACUGUUAUGCUUAUGAUUAGAGCUGAUGGAGAAAAAAUGCCUGCUUUGCUCAUUUUUCAAGAGAAAAAUGGCCAGAUCCCGAACCUUGUAAGAGAAAGACUGAAUAUUCCAGAAAAUGUCAUCAUAAAAUCAAAUAAAUCUGGCUACAUUUCUGACCAGAUUCUUAAUGACUACCUCAGAACAAUAUUGAGACGAGAAAACCAACUGCUGAUUUAUGAUCAGGCUGGAAGUCAUAAAACUAUCAUGAUUUCUAAUGCAAUUUCAGAUUUAGAUGCAACCAAAAUUGUGAUCCCUGGAGGGUGCACAAAGUAUUUGCAACCACUUGACGCACUGGUAAUUGCAAAUUUCAAAUCAAAAACAACAGAUUUCAGAAUCAAAUUCCAAACAGAGCAGAUUGAAAGAAGAUCGAAAAGAACUGGAAACCUCAAAGCUCUUGAUCGCCAGCAACUGAUAAACAUUGCUUCAAAGGCGUGAGAUGCUGUAAGCCCUCAACUUGUCAGAAAAUCAUUUGAGUUGACGGGUUCUUAUGGCGUUAAUCAUCCAAAGAUUUUCAGCCAUCAAGUUAAUAUGAAGAAGUUAAUUAUCUAA